AUGGACAAUCUCUCUAGUGCUACAGAAUUCUGCCUGCUAGGCUUCCCUGGGUCCCAGGAACUACGCCAUGUUCUUUUUACCAUAUUCUUCUCCUUCUAUUCAGUGACACUGUUGGGAAACAUGAUCAUCAUCAUGGUCGUCUGUGUUGAUAAACGUCUACAGUCCCCCAUGUAUUUUUUCCUUGCCCACCUCUCCCUGGAGAUCCUGGUAACAACAGCAAUUGUUCCCAUGAUGCUUUGGGGACUGCUGCUCCCUGGAACCCAGACAAUCUCUCUGACUGAAUGUGUUGUUCAACUCUUCCUUUAUCUCUCUUUAGGGACUACUGAGUUUGCAAUACUAGGAGCAAUGGCUGUGGACCGUUACGUGGCGGUCUGCAACCCUUUGAGGUAUAGUGUCAUCAUGAACAGUCGUACUUGCAUCCUGGUAGUGACUGUGUCCUGGGUAUUUGGUUUCCUUUCUGAAAUCUGGCCAGUCUAUGCCACAUUCCAAUUUACUCUCUGCAAAUCAAAUCUGUUGGAUCAUUUUUACUGUGACCGAGGUCAACUGCUCAAACUAUCUUGUGAUGACACCUUUCUCACAGAGUUCAUUCUUUUCCUAAUGGCUGUUUUCAUUAUUAUUGGAUCCCUAAUUCCAACAAUUGUCUCCUACACCUAUAUCAUCUCCACCAUCCUCAAGAUUCCUUCAGCCUCUGACCGGAAGAAAGCCUUCUCCACCUGUGCUUCCCACUUCACGUUUGUUACCAUUGGCUAUGGCAGCUGCUUUUUCCUCUACGCGAAGCCCAAGCAAACGCAGGCAGCCGAGUACAACAGGGUGGCUUUGUUACUGGUGUCUGUGGUAACCCCUCUCCUGAACCCCUUCAUCUUCACUCUUCGGAAUGAUAAAGUCCAAGACACCCUUAGAGAUGGAGUGAAGCAUUGCCCUCUGCUCUUCAGAAACGAGCUCUUCUCCUAG